AUGGACCCCCCCAGCACGGCCGUGCUGCUGCUGCCCCCCCUCAUCCUGGCACUGGCAGGGGCUGCCUGCGGUGUGUUCACGGUGUGGGCCUGGCCACGGGUGGCUGUGGUGCCCUAUGGGGGCUCGGUGGCCAUCAACUGCAGCCGCAGCGCUUGCCCACUGGGCAACACCACACUGGGCUUGGACACCCCCUUACUGGUGGCACUGGGAGCUACUGGGCACCAGUGGCAAAGCUUCUGGCUCCUCAAUGUGUCCCAAUGGAACCCUGGUAAAGCCACAUGCUAUGGGCAAUGCGGUGAUAGCCAAGGCAAUGCCAGCGCCGAGGUCCUUGUGUACAGACUCCCGGAUCAGGUGUUGCUGGACCCGCUACCACCUUUACCAAUGGGUGAAAGCCAGAACCUCACCUGCCAUGUACUGGAGGUGGCUCCGGUUGUGAACCUGACGGUGACACUGCGCCGAGGAGCUGACACCCUGCGAACAGUCGGAUUCGGUGCUGUCAAUGGCAGCACCAACGUCACCGUCACCCACGUGCUGAGCGCCGGCCCCGAGGACCACGGGCAGGAUGUCACCUGCCAUGCGGAGCUGUCCCUGCGGCCUCAUGGGCCUCUCUUUGCCAGUGCUGCUGUUCCCAUCCGGCUCUCGGUGUUCGCUCUCCCGGAGCCCCCUGAGCUCCAGGCCCCAUCCCACAUGGAGCUCGGCACCACCGGCACCGCCAGCUGCCAGGUCACCGGCGCCUUCCCCAUUGCCGACGUCGGCUUCACCAUCACCAUGGCCGGGCAGAGCCUCAAUGUCACCACCACAGUGGUUGGGGAUGUGCUCACCAGUAUCACCAGACUGGUUCCCAGUAUGGUGGGAGCACUGGAACUGGUGUGCACCGUCACCGUGGCCACCGCGGCGCGCACCGCACGGAGGCUGAUCCACGUCUACCGUUUCCCAGCACCCAUCCUGGAGCUGAGCCCGGUGCCGGCUCCGGCAGGCACUGAGGUGCUGGUGUUGUGCCGCAUCGAUGCUGCCGAACCACCGGCGCUGUGGCUACAGCUCCGGGAUGCUGACAAUGGGAUCCUGGCCGAGGGGCCACAUUCCCAACUGGAAUUGCCUCUCGUGGCCGGUCGCGGUGACGACAGGCGGCGGUUCCGGUGUCGGGCCAGCCUGGAUGUUGAUGGCAACACCGUGACCAAGGAUGUGGACAACCAACUCUCGGUGCUCUAUAUGCCGGAUCUGGCAGUGAAUGACUGUCCUGGGAUACGGACAUGGCUACAGGGAACAUGGGAAGCUCUUUCCUGCCAUGCCACCGGUAACCCCAUACCCACUGUAUCCUGUGGCCGUGACGGUGUCACCAUCAGCACCACGGUCCCGGAGCUGGUCACCCGUUCCAGAGCCGGUACCUACAUCUGCAAUGCCACCAACAGCCUGGGCACACAGAGCAGGCUCGUCACCGUCAAUGUGGAGUAUGAACCCACACUGACAGAGAGGGGCUGCCCCACACACCGGCUGUGGGUGGAGGGUGAGCAGAGGGAGCUCUCCUGUCGUGCCGAUGGGGACCCUGCACCCAGCACCCAUUGUACCCGCGACGACGGCACCACCGGGGGCAGGUUGACAACACAACAACGGGUGGUUGACCGCGGUGACGCCGGGAGCUACACCUGCAGGGCCAGCAACAAGCACGGCACCGCCGAGCGCAGCGUGGUGGUGACAGUGGAGUACAAACCCAGUAUGGCAGAUCCCGGCUGCCCAUCACAGCGGCUGUGGGUCGAGGGUACCCCCGCAGAGCUGCUGUGUGCCGCAACCGGUAACCCCCAGCCCCACGUCACCUGUACCAAGCUCGGGGACGGGUACCCCCCUAUGACAACCAGCACCAACGUCACCCGUGCCCACGCCGGUACCUACCAGUGCCAGGCCACCAACAGCCGCGGCUCAGCCCUGCGCAAUGUCACCAUCACCGUCGAGUACAGCCCAACCACCGUCACCCUGCGGGUCCUCCCGUCAGCCGCCGUGUCCAGUGGCACCAGUUUGAGUGUGGAAUGCCGUGCCGACGGUCUGCCCCCCCCCACCUACGGGUGGGUGCUACCCCCCGCUCCCAACCUCCGCUUCGGCACCGGUAACCACAGCGUCACCAUCACCGGCGCCGGUACCGUCAACGGGGGGGUGUACACCUGCACCGCCAGCAACAGGCACGGGUGGCAAGCCGGCAGCAUCAUGGUGCGGGUUGAUGAGAACCGGUUGGUGCUGGUGGCGUCACUGGGAUCGGUUGGUGCCAUCACCGCGGUGGGUUUGGUGGCUGCUGGUGGUUAUUACCUCAAGUCUACAGCCUGUAAGAAGGGGGAAUACAACGUGAGGGAUGCGGAAGGAACACUCGAAGCCGCCUGUCUGCACCGGCAACACCAUGGCCAGGCUGAGGUCUAUGGCAUCCAGCUGACACAGCCGUAACCCAUAACCGGAGCAUCCAUCUCCAAUGGGAUGGAUGGAGCCCAAUGGGAUGGAUGGAUCCCAAUGGGAUGGAUGGAAUACAACGUGAGGGAUGCGGAAGGAACACUCGAAGCCGCCUGUUUGCACCGGCAACACCAUGGCCAAGCUGAGGUCUAUGGUAUCCAGCUCACACAGCCGUAACCCAUAACCGGAGCAUCCAUCUCCAAUGGGAUGGAUGG